AUGGAAUAUGAUGAAGAAGAACUCAUAAAAUACUAUUUUCUCAUUCUUGUAAAAAAAUUACAAUCUAGAGGAAUAGAAUUGAAUGGAAAGGAAAAUAAAGAAGAAUUAGUAAUUAAUCUAGAUAAAGAAUUAAAUAAAGAAGUAGAACGCAAAAAAUUGGAACCAGAAAGAAUAGUUGGUGUGUUAGUAGAUGUAACAAACAGCCAAACUAUACGAUGUAUAUCCACUGCAAAUCGGCUGGGCUCUAAAGAAGAACCAAAAUUCGGUAAAAAGGGAGCAGGAAAAAGGAUGACAAAUCAAGUGAGAGCACUAUUAGAAGGAUAUUUUAUGGCAGGUAAUGCAGAUAAAAGUAACCGUUAUACCACUCAAGAUAUGCAACGUGAGUUGGAAAAGUGUGCACAGGAAGGUGAGAUUGACAAAGACGACAUUCCAAAAGUUACCACAAUUCAAAAUUGGAUAUCAAAAACUACCAGAGAGCAUCGUGAAGAGGCUGCAACUAGAAAACCUUCAAGAUGCUUCAAAACUGAUGAAACGUCUCGGAAGAAACCUUCAAGACGCUUCGAAACUGACAAAACGUCUCAGAAGGAACCUUCAAGACACUUCGAAACUGAUGAAAUGUCUCGGAAGGACCCUCAAGACGCUUCGAAACUGACGAAACGUCUCGGAAGGACUCAAGACGCUUCGAAACUGACGAAACGUCUCGGAAGGACCCCAUCGUCGGGCUGGUAG